UAUGGCAGCACACAGUCUUUCUCUCCUCUUCUCUCUGUACCGGUGCCUACACAUAUACACAAAGCUUUCAUGUCAGAUCAGAGUAGAGAUGGAGGGAGACAUGGCAUCAACGCAGAGAACAUAUGAAACUGUAAAAGAAGACUUUUCAUUAUUUCAUAGUGCAGCUACGGUUGGUGAUAAAAUUGCCCUCUAUGACAUCUGGGCAAAGACCUACGAUCAGGAUGUGGUUGUUCUGGGCUACGAUGGAGCAGGUCAUGCAGCAAAAAGCAUCUCCUCCCAUUUCAGUGGCGACCGUGAAGCAGCUGUCGUGCUGGAUGUGGCCUGCGGUACAGGACUGGUGGCAGAGAAGAUGAAGCAGGAUGGUUUUGGAAAUUUUGUGGGCAUCGAUGCAAGCAAGGCUAUGUUGGAGGAGGCCCAAAAGAAAGGGCUUUACCAAGACCUCAAGCAAUGCCUUUUUGGAGAACUGUCGCUACCUGUUCAAAAAGGAUCAUUUGAUGUGGUUGUGAUAUGUGGAGCACUGAAUGGUAACUGCCUUCCUGUAAGCGUGGUCAGAGAGCUGUGCAUCGCCUGCAAACCAGGUGGCUACGUUUGUAUGACGUGCAGACAUAGCCCUGACAAUCUGGAGUACAUAACUGCCCUGGAGCGUGAACUGGAGCAGAUGCAGGACGAGGGGCUCUGGAGUCGUGUAGCUGUCACUGAGGUGGAAAACUUUGUUAGAGGAGUGUCAGCAGCACAAGGGAACGACUAUUCAUCUGGUUAUGUGUACCUCUACAAGAAACUGUAGCACGAUGCAUCACAGAGAUGUGUCAUUACAUACUGUAUGUCAGACCAGCAAAUGUAGAACACGAAAUAUGUAACGAGAUACAACAUAUUCAAAUAACUACUCUUCAAAUGUCAAGUUUUCAGGACUUUUCUUUUGACAUUCUGGGUCUCUUACUGACUGACACUGAUGUGAAUCUGAUAGAGGAACAUGCACUAAUAAUUUACAUUAGAUAGUGUUGCCUGUAUAGUCUUACAAAAUAAAUUCUCUCACACAAAAAGUGUGUCAAAUAUAAUUGCCAAACAAAAUGCAUUUGAUGUAUGCUGUAAUUUCUCCUUGAUUUUAUUAAAAUUAUUAGCUGGUAAAUCAUGUGAGUCAAACUCUUUACCACUGAGGUUUGGCCAGUUACAA